CUUCUCACGCCCUGCAUCUGCUACUGUGCUACAUAUUAUGGUAAGUGAAAUCCUAUAUGCUGCAAUGAGUGCAAAAGCCUGGCAGCGGUUAGGCAGAGGCGUCACUGCUCAGUAUUUGCUGACAGAGGUUUUUACUGCCCUCCUGCUUGUACAUGUUCGUUGCUUAGAUCUUGUGGGAUAUUUGAAACUUCCUCUAUCCCUGGUCGUACAGCAUCCCGCACAGUGGGAGCACGGUCGGUGCAGCUCUUGGGGGGAUCUAUGUUUAAACACACAGACAUAUCUAUACCCACACAGGUGACCAAGCCACUAGCAGACUGCCCUGGAAAUGUGGCUAAUGGCUGGGCUGAGCGGGCAAGCUCCUUACCUACCAGCCGUCGCUUUGCGAGCAGCCAUUGCCCAGCCUGUCGGCAAUACCAGCUGCGCGUAACAGGCAGGAAAGCACCUUUCACCUUCAUCCCGUGAAACCUGGCAUUUGGCAAUCGGGCUGGAGCAAUCGGCACUCAAUGGAAAGGAAAAUCUGAUUUGUAAUUGGGGCCUGACGUCAGCCAGAGCAGGAAGCAGGAGCGCGGUCUGAGCCUGCCAAGAAACGCUUGCCCGUGUCGCUCGACUCUUCCGCCAGCAAAGAGUGAGUGUGGUGGGGUGGGGACAGGCUGUGAAGGACAGCCCCUUUGAGAAGAGGAAGCGUUUGAAGAAAAUCAGCCCUCCACAAGCCGCACAGGAGGCAGAGAGUGGCGAGUGUCCCUGCUCUGGGUAUGCACCAUGUGUAGCCGUGGCUGAUGGCCACGGCGGGGACAAAAGACACUCCGGAGAGGGCCUGCGAAGCAAUGACCCUGCAGCAGCCGCCCCUGGCCCUGAAAGGGGGCUCCCCCCCGGUGCUGUACAUCCACAGCAUGCCUGCCUGGGUGCUGGAGGACUUCUGCCAGAAGAUGGACUGCCUGAGUGACUACGACUGGAUGCGGUUCGCCUCCUACGUGAUAACUGACCAAACAGAGCUACGGAAAAUCAAGUGCAUGGAAAAGACUGGGAUCAGCAUAACAAGGGAGCUGAUGUGGUGGUGGGGAGUGAGGUUGGCAACGGUGCCACAGCUCCUGGACCUGCUGCGAGCACUGCAGCUCUACCGAGCGGCCCAAGUCAUUCUGGACUGGACAUCAGCCUCUAAUAUUGCCGACUCUGGAAAAGAAGAGCUGGUAGAGCCGCCUAAACCAGAGAACAGAUCUUUAAUUCCCACAGAAAACAAGAAGAUAGACAGAGAAAACGAGAUAAGUCUGUUGCCAUCCACAGACUCUUCACGCCCGGGAGUACCACCAGCAGUUUCAGGUGCUGUUUCUGAAGGAGCCUUGUAUUCACUCCCUUUGCCACCCCCUCCCCCAAGGGACCUUUUGAAAUCCUUACAGUCAAAUCCUCCUGUCUCAUCAAGUGUGAAGCCCUGCAGCUCUCUUGCUCCUCAGCAGGAGACAAGGACGGAUCUCCCCAGUGGAAGUCUUUUGUGGACCCAGAGGGAAGUUACUAAUGCCACAAGUGGUUUCAGUGACAAGAGCAGAAUUUGUGAGGGUACUUUUGCAGAUGUCUACAAAGGUCGGAGGAACAACAUAGAGUAUAUCAUCAAAAGACUGAAAGAGACGGAAUGCACAAGCCCAGAUUCCACCCAAAGGUUCUUCCAUACCGAAGUACAGAUUUGCUUUCGGUGCUGUCAUGUCAACAUCUUGCAACUGCUGGGUUUCUCAGUAGAAACUGGAUUGCACUGUCUGAUAUAUCCAUACCUGCCUAAUGGAUCACUACAAAACAGACUGCAGUGUCAAGAUGAUUCUGCUCCACUGACCUGGGCGUUGCGAAUUAGCAUUGCUGUAGGGCUCCUCCGAGCUACGGAGUAUUUACAUAAUUCCGGAAUUCUUCAUGGGAAUAUCAAAAGCUCAAAUGUCUUGUUGGAUGAAAACUUUACACCAAAGCUUGGACAUUCAGGUCUGCGACUGUAUUCUGUUGAUAAAAAAUCAGAAUAUGCCACAAUGAAAACCAAAGUCCUACAGGCUUCUCUUACUUAUCUGCCAGAAGAUUUUAUCAGGCAUGGGAAGUUAACAGAGAAAGUUGAUACAUUCAGCUGUGGUGUGGUUUUAGCAGAGAUACUGACAGGGAUUAAGGCCCUGGAUGAAGCGAGAAACCCUAUUUAUCUGAAAGAUAUGAUUGCUGAUGAAAUCCAGAUAGCAAAAGAAAGCUCAUAUUCCAAAGUAAAAAAAUUGGAAAAGCUAGCUGCGAAGGAAAUAUGCUCUAAAUAUCUAGACAAGAAAGCAGGACACUUGCUGGAAGAGGUUGCUAUUGAUUUUGCCUCAGCCAUCUGCUUUUGUCUGAAAAAGAAGAAUUCUAACACAGCAGAGGUUCUUGAAGUGAUGGAAAUGGCUGAAAAUAAAUUAAGAGAACAUUACAUCUGUGGAGGCAGCACUUCUGGAUUCUCCAUGAACACUCCCGAAGAAACUGAUGAUGAGACAGUGAGUCUCAGCGUGGACGUGCCUUCUGCGGGGAAGAAUAAAGAGGACAGCACACAGCCUGCCAUCCUGACCAGUGCCAAUCCAUGCCCACCUUCAGUAGGUGUUGUGUUGCCUGACGUUUACUGUGAGCAGAUGUCAAGGGUGCCUUGUGAAUCAGAUGAAUUAAGUAGUUUUAUAUGGAACCCUUCAGAAAAAUCUACAGAUGAGCUAUCUAGCUGUAACAGUGCUGAAAAUGUGGCAGCCUCUGAUUACAGGAUCAAGCAGGAAAAGCCUGCACAUGGACUCCAGGAAAGAAAUGCGGCAUGUGCCAAAAGUGAGGACGUCUUGGAAGCAGCAUCUACAGCACAGAGCACGUCUCAACAAAAACACACAGCCGGUGACUCUCCAUGCUCUUCACAAGCAUUAGCCAGAGAGACAUCUUGGAAAAUAAAGAUAAAUGAUAAAAAAAAGAAGCUCAUGGAAAAUAUUUUGCUGUAUGAAGAAGACAAAUUAAACAGUUCUGAACUUUUUGAAUCAUAAAUCGGAUGGAUUCACAAACAGUGGCCAGCUCUGAAGAAGAAAUAAAUACUGUCUCCUCAUUAGAACAAUGGUAAAAUUCUACCUUUCUUGUAAGGCUAAGUAGCAGAUUUGGAUCAGUAUCAGUAACCCUGACUAAAGAAAACAAAAGUGAUCACACUGAGAAGAAACAGGAAACAUCUGUUCUAAAGCAGAUAAAAGCACAAUGCCACUCUAAACAGAAAUGCCUUCUUCCUUCUCAUGUGUAAUGUAGAGAUAUGGCAAACACAAACUGCCAAAAUAAUUUACCAUCCUUUUGCAGUGUGUUUCAGAAAGCAUCUACAUAAAAUGUUUGUCUUGUUUAAAAACACAGUCCUAGGAGUUAUAGGGCAAGCACUGCUCAGUAACCAGUUAGCAGUGCUCUUUACUGUUAUUGUACGAAUAGACAGAAAUCUCCAGAGAGAUUGGAGGUUUCAGUUUCCCAAAGAAUUUAUCCUAUUCCAUCUAAUCUUAGCCCACAUACUCAAAACUACUACAUUACCAGAGAGGGGAUUUUUUUAUGCAAGUUCUCAGAUGUAUUCUACAUGACUCAAUCGCAAUUUGAAUUGCACUGAACGUAGCAGUAAGUAAAUAAUUUAAGCCAUGUUAGUCUAUGAGCUUCUCUACUACAUACAUAUGACACCUUUGGAAGUUUUAACCUUUCAGCUUCACCGUUAGGAGAUGGUGUUUAAUACUUCACAAUUGAUUCUUGGAGGUUAAUUUUUUCUAAGUGUCCUUUAUAUGUUGUUAAGGUUUCUCAUUGUGCUUCACAUGGUAACUGUUGUAUAUUUUGGAUUAGGGACAAGAUUUUAAUUUAAAAUGUCUUUAAUUUUGUUAUAGGUCGCUUGAGAUUUGGUUUGUUAUAUUUAUUUUGGCUAUCAGUGAAAGAUGAGCUAGUGAGUGGAUCUGGUUGUGGUGCCACACUCACCAUAUAUUCUGAAAGAGGACUAGUUCUGUGUGUCUCUUGGCUUACCCAGCAUUAGCAGCCUUGGGGUCAGGCUUGGUGAUCAUGCUUAAAAGAAUUAAGAAAGCAACAGCCUUGUAUUCUAUCAUAUUUAUUAGCAAGUGAAAGCCCCUUAAGAAAGUGUCACUUUCAUUGCUACAACUAUUUAUUACAUGUGAUAUUAUUAGCAUAUUCCACUCUUGUGCAGUCUAAGGAAAUGCAGUUUUAUUAUAAACAAAACUAUUGGAACAUGUAGCUCGGCUUACAGACAGAUCACUGCUGCCUCUUUAGCUUAGCUGAUAUGGCCUGAUGUACAGAGAUGGUUAGAAUUCACAAUGGAGUUGAGAGAAUAUUUUUUGAAAUCCAUGAAUUUUGGUGUAAUUCUUUUCACUGGAAUUGUAAUGGUCUGGUUUUCCUAACUUUAGAUGAAGGUUGCUGAGUAAUACCUCAUAUCUUCUAUAUCUGUACAGUACCUAGUUUAUUGUAGGUAUUAUUCGGAGGAAGUAAAAGUAUUUUAACUAGAGACCUGAGUAUUAGAAUCAUCCUACACGUUUAGCAUAUUGAUUUCUACACUAGAAACCGGUAAAAUGCCAUAUUUAGAAGUGCCUUGGAUACUGUCUGUAUAUUUGCCAGUGUCAGAUUCUUUAUUUUACAAGAAUCAAACCAAGACAACAUUGGUACUGACAUAAGAAGCAUUGAGUAUAUUCAGAUUGGUCAAUAACUGCUUAAUUCUACAUGAGAUUUAACUGAGAUAUUUUGUGGUGCUGAAACUGUAAUAUUUGUUGGUUUUCAUGGGUAUAUUUUGUGAGAUCCAUGUUAAAUACCUCAGGUGUCCUCCAGGAAGAAAUGCUCACAGCCACACCCCAGGGCUGAAUGGAAAAACCUAAGGUUUUUAAAUGGAGAAACAUAGUUUAUACAGUUCUGUUUCAUGAAAAUGCUUUAAUGGUUUUGUUCUUUUGCAGUCACAAAAUGAAGCUGUUAUUUUUUUGCCUUGUUCCAUGUUAGUUUUAAAGUAUUCUGAGCUAACGGUCUGGUGGAGUUACAUGAGUACAUAAUGGAACAUCUAUAAGACACUGUCUUAAGUCUGAGAAUAAUGGUACUCUGCUGCGUAUCUUGGCUAUUCCGUAUAAUGUAUGUUUUAAUCUCAACUCAGCAAAUUUGUACGUUACCAUUUACUAAUAUUUUGUGAAUAAACAAAAAAGAAAAAAAAAUCUUUUCUUUAUAGCUUGCUUUUUUGUGAUUUAUGGCACAGAAAAUGUGUUUCAAUCCACUCUAUUUAGAUAACUUUGUGUUUGUGAUAAUUAGUGCAGACAUGGUUAUUUGGUUUUUGUUCACUGUUGAAUAGCUGAUUUUUUUCCUUUGAGAUGUCCCUAGAGAAAAAUUUCUCUCUAAAAUUAAUACUUAAGAGCAUUACUGAGAUACAACUGACAUUUUCUGAUGU